AUGGCCCAUGCCGCCGCCUGCGUUCUCUUGCUCGCCCUCGGAGCCCUUGGCGCAUCUGGCCAGGGCCAAAUCCCACUGAGCUCAGACCUGGCCCCACAGAUGCUUCGCGAGCUUCGAGAGACCAAUGCAGCGCUGCAGGACGUGCGGGAACUGCUGAGGCAGCAGGUCAAGGAGAUCACGUUCCUUAAGAACACCGUGAUGGAGUGCGAUGCGUGCGGAAUGCAGCCUGCGCGCACCCCAGGUCUGAGCGUGCGACCCCUACCCCGCUGUGCACCCGGCACGUGUUUUCCCGGCGUAGUUUGCACGGAGACGGCGAGCGGCGCGCGCUGCGGCCCCUGUCCCGCGGGCUACACUGGCAACGGCUCGCACUGCGCAGACAUCAACGAGUGUAACGCCCAUCCCUGCUUUCCCCGUGUCCGCUGCAUCAACACCAGUCCCGGUUUCCGCUGCGAGGCCUGCCCGCCGGGGUACAGCGGCACCGCACACGAGGGCGUGGGAAUGGCUUUCGCCAAGGCCAACAAGCAGGUGUGCACGGACAUUAACGAGUGUGAGACCGGGCAGCAUAACUGCGUCCCCAACUCCGUGUGCGUCAACACGCGGGGUUCCUUCCAGUGCGGCGCGUGCCUGCCAGGCUUCGUGGGUGACCAGGUGUCCGGUUGCCAGCGGGGUUCUCAGCGUUCCUGCCCCGAUGGUACGCCUAGUCCAUGCCACGAAAAGGCCGACUGUGUCUUGGAGCGCGACGGUUCUCGGUCGUGCGUGUGUGCCAUCGGCUGGGCAGGUAACGGGCUCCUCUGUGGCCGCGACACCGACCUCGACGGCUUCCCGGACGAGAAGCUUCGCUGCUCCGAGCGCCACUGCCGCAAGGACAACUGUGUCACCGUGCCCAAUUCAGGGCAGGAAGACGUGGACCGCGACGGCAUCGGAGACGCCUGCGACCCGGAUGCUGACGGAGAUGGGGUCCCCAACGAGGAGGACAACUGCCCGCUGGUACGGAACCCAGACCAACGCAACUCAGACGGCGAUAAGUGGGGUGACGCUUGUGAUAACUGCCGAUCCCAGAAAAAUGAUGACCAGAAGGACACGGAUCAGGAUGGCAAGGGCGAUGCUUGCGACGAUGACAUUGACGGCGACCGUAUUCGAAACACCAUGGACAACUGCCCCAGAGUGCCCAAUGCCAACCAGAAGGAUAGUGAUGGUGACGGCAUAGGGGAUGCCUGUGAUAACUGUCCCCAGAAGACCAAUCCUGACCAGAGAGAUGUGGACCACGACUUUGUGGGAGAUGCUUGUGACAGCGACCAAGACCAGGAUGGGGAUGGACACCAGGACUCGAGAGACAACUGCCCCACGGUGCCCAACAGUGCUCAGCAGGACUCUGACCGCGAUGGCCAGGGUGAUGCCUGUGACGAUGACGACGACAAUGAUGGAGUCCCGGACAGUCGUGACAACUGCCGCGUGGUGCCCAACCCCGGCCAGGAGGAUUCUGACAGGGAUGGUGUUGGGGACGCGUGCCAGGGCGACUUUGAUGCUGAUAAGGUGGUGGACAAGAUCGACGUGUGCCCAGAGAACGCGGAGGUCACCCUCACCGACUUUCGGGCUUUCCAGACGGUUGUGCUGGACCCUGAGGGCGACGCACAGAUUGAUCCCAACUGGGUGGUGCUCAACCAGGGCAUGGAGAUUGUGCAGACGAUGAACAGCGACCCUGGCCUGGCUGUGGGUUACACAGCCUUCAACGGCGUGGACUUUGAGGGCACGUUCCACGUGAACACAGCCACAGACGACGACUACGCGGGCUUCAUCUUCGGGUACCAGGACAGCUCCAGUUUCUACGUGGUCAUGUGGAAGCAGAUGGAGCAGACGUACUGGCAGGCAAAUCCAUUCCGCGCUGUGGCCGAGCCGGGCAUCCAGCUCAAGGCCGUGAAGUCGUCCACGGGCCCCGGAGAACAGCUGAGGAAUGCACUGUGGCACACGGGGGACACAGCAUCGCAGGUGCGGCUACUGUGGAAAGACCCCCGCAACGUUGGCUGGAAGGACAAGACGUCCUACCGCUGGUUCCUGCAGCACCGGCCCCAAGUGGGCUACAUCAGGGUGCGAUUCUACGAGGGUCCGGAGCUGGUGGCUGACAGCAACGUGGUAUUGGAUACUACUAUGAGGGGCGGCCGCUUGGGAGUUUUCUGCUUCUCCCAGGAAAACAUCAUCUGGGCAAACUUACGGUACCGCUGUAACGACACCAUCCCAGAGGACUACGAGGCCCAACGACUGAGGAGCGCCUAG